CUGACAAUGAAAACAACAUUGCCUCAAACCAGCCCAGGUCACCUCCAGCGGUGGGGGAAGAGAAGUGGAAGCCUCAGCCGCAGAGGAACAACUCCAACAAUACAUCAGCUGGCAGCUCCCUCCUGAACAGCCCGAUCCCGGAGAAGGAGCGGCAGAACAUAGCAGAGCGGCUGCUGAGGGUGAUGUGCGCUGACCUGGGGACGCUGAGUGUGGUGAGCGGCAAAGAGUUUGUUAAACUGGCGCAAAGUCUUGUUGACAACGGUGCUCGCUACGGCGCUUUCUCCGUUACGGAGAUCCUUGGCAACUUCAGCACGCUGGCCCUCAAGCACUUGCCCCGGAUGUACAACCAGGUGAAGGUGAAGGUCACCUGCGCUCUUGGAAGCAAUGCCUGCUUGGGCAUCGGCGUCACCUGUCACUCGCAGAGCGUUGGCCCCGAUUCCUGCUACAUCCUGACAGCCUACCAGGUGGAAGGCAGCUGCAUCAAGAGUUACGUCCUGGGGAUCAAAGGGGUGGACAUUCGCGACAGCGGGGAUUUGGUCCACCACUGGGUGCAAAACGUGCUCUCCGAGUUCGUUAUGUCCGAGAUCCGGACCGUGUACGUCACGGACUGCAAAGUGAACUCCUCCGCGUUCUCCAAGGCGGGCAUGUGCUUGCGCUGCUCUGCGUGUGCCUUGACCUCCGUAGUGCAGAGCGUGCUUAACAAGCGCACCCUCCAAGCACGCAACAUGCACGAGGUCAUUGAGCUGCUGAAUGUCUGUGAGGACCUGGCGGGAUCCGCAGGGAUCUCCAAGGAGACCUUUGGCUCCCUGGAGGAGACCUCCCCUCCCCCCUGCUGGAACUCCAUCACGGACUCUCUGCUUUUGGUCCACGAACGUUACGAGCAGAUCUGUGAGUUUUACAGCCGGGCCAAGAAGCUAAACCUCAUCCAGAACCUCAACAAGCACCUGCUGAGCAACUUAGCCGCCAUCCUGGCUCCGGUGAAACAAGCCGUCAUCGAACUGAGCAACGAGAGCCGGCCCACCUUGCAGCUGGUGCUGCCAACCUACGUGAAACUGGAGAAACUCUUCACCUCAAAGGCCAACGACGCGGGCAUUGUCAGCAAGCUGUGCCACCUUUUCCUGGAAGCCCUGAAGGAGAACUUCAAGGUGCAUUCAGCUCACAAGGUAGCUAUGAUCCUGGACCCUCAACAGAAACUGCGCCCGGUGCCCCCUUACCAGCACGAGGAGAUCAUCGGCAAGGUGUGCGAGCUGAUCCACGAGGUGAAGGAAUCUUGGGCCGAGGAGCCCGAUUUUGAGCCCGCCUCCAAAAAAUCCCGGACCCCCAGCGAGAGUUCUCCGACUCGGGAGGAAGACCGCUCGGGCAAAAGCGAGGUCUACGAUUACUUGCAAGAGCCCCUUUUUCAGGCGGCCCCGGACCUCUUCCAGUACUGGUCCUGUGUGACGCAGAAGCACACCAAGCUGGCCAGGCUGGCCUUCUGGCUCCUGGCAGUGCCCGCUGUGGGGGCCAGGAGCAACUGCGUCAACAUGUGUGAACAAGCCCUCCUGAUUAAGAGGCGCCGACUGCUGAGCCCCGAGGAUAUGAACAAACUCAUGUUCUUGAAGUCCAACAUGCUUUAAAACAAGGUGUUGGGGGGGGGGUUUGUGGGAGGGGGCACACGCCCUUCCAGAACACUGUUCCAAAUCCAGAAUCCACUGUGGACCUCAUUCGGAACGCCCUGGGAAAUUUAAAAAAAAAAGUGCUUUUGAUACACAUAUUGAUACCUCUAAGAUCAGUGUUUCUCAACCUUGGCCAACUUGAAGAUGUCUGGACUUCAGCUC